CUGCGUACAAGGAAGCACACACUUAAUUCUAGGAUGGAAUGUGCCGGCGUGCGUCUCAGUGAGUAUAAAAGAGCCAGAGCGACGAGUUUUGCCUCAUACUUCAUACCUUCUGACAUCAUGAAGCUCCUGCUUGUCACUGUGCUGCUGCUGCUGUGCAGCACUCAAGUUGUGCACACUAUCCGCUGUUACUCCUGUACAGGAGGUGACAUUUGUGAAAAUUUGGUUGACUGUCCAGCAGAUGAACCCUGGUGCAAAGUUGAGACAACAGAGGGUACGGAGGUUGUCAUCCGUGGUUGUGCUUCAGCUGCAACCUGCGCAUCUGAAAAUGAUAACAUCACAUGUUGCAACGAAAGUGAAUGUAACAGCAGCUAGGCAUCAACCAGCCACCUGAUCCAUGUGGAGAAGAUGAGAGAUCCAAAUGAUGCUGAAGAUGUUCUGUUAACUCCAAAUAUCUGAACCCUGUAUUUACAAAACUUGAACUGUGUAGCCUUAUCUGUGACCAUCCACUCACCCCGAUGGCCACAGCUAUGAAUAUUUGUAAUCUAUGAGUAGGAAGUGGGGCAAAAACACACACAUGCACAUAAGCACUCACUUAAUCCCUUCCUGAUGUCACUUAGUGGGUCACUGCAGCGGCGUCUGCAAUGUGGGUCGCUGUCUCUGUCCCUGCUGUGAUGUAAGCCUGAUGACUUUUAGGAAAUCUCUGUUAAAAAGGAAUAAAUAUUUGAAAUGA